AAUACCCUAGUAUGAAAUCAAUACCUGUUGCUGCCUGUACAGGCUGGAUUUGAUUUUGAUAUUGUGUCAAUAACAAGAACUCCAGCCUCAGACAAGGUCAAUAGCCAACUUUUUAUUCUCCCGCCUUUUGCCGUCUUGCUUUGAAGAAACUUAAAUUCCUAUAUGCACAUGAACACAAGAGUUGGCAGCUGUGGUGUUGUAAUACCUACAGCUUGUCUUCAACUGUUUUAAAUUACCCCCGCUUUCCACAUCUCCCGAAUCGUCACAGAAAUGACCCCACAAAACUAUAUUUGCCAGCACUAAACAUGGUCGCCGCUAGCUUUACGGAGCGGACUGCGCAUGCGCCGAUUUCUCAGAGAAUGAAUACCAAGGAAGUGUUUUCAGUUUUGGCGCUGGAUUUUGCUUGUGGAAUCUAAAUAUGGAAGAAGCCAGCAGUGCUCAAGGAAACAAAGCUGGGGGCCUGAGCCCAAUGAAAUGCAGCCCAGGAAAAAGCAGUAGUCCUCUACUUAGAAAGAGAUCCACCCCAUCACCUAGCAUUAAGCUGACAAGUACUGUUCCUUCAAAGAAACUCAGAACCAGUCCAUGUGACUUGUCUCUAAAUGAACCUCUCUCAAGCCCGCCUCCCCGAAGGAAGUCGCUAAGAAGAUCUGUCGCAAAGACGCCCAAAUCAUUGCCGCCCGUGCAUCGAAUCAACACAGAGCUCUGUGAAGCCAUCAGCUUGGAGUUACCUGAAAGUGAGAGAUUUUCGGAACUUCUUCAAUCCUGUCUUCAGUUCUCUUUGCAGAAACUUGAAGACUCCUUAAAACAUAGUGAUGGGUUUGACUCCAAGUCCUUCAAUGCAAAAGUGUCUUCCGUGGCACAAAAGCUAAAGCGUUUCACUGAACGACUAACCCAUGAUGGAACAUUAAAGAAGUGCACAGAAGAAGAAGACAGUCUAACGGCAGAUCCAGAAAGGGAGGCGUUAAAGGCACAGAUUGGGGAGUGUACCUUGAAAUUUUCCAGUGAGAGCCAAAUCUGGGAGCAACUGCUUGAAGAUUACAAGAAGAAAGCAGAAGACUUGUCCAGGCAUUUGGAAGAAAGCAAAUUAACGGAAACUCCAUGUGCCAGCAUCCCACACGUGCCAACGUCGCAGGAUAGCGUGCUGAACAGCAAACCAGAUUAUAACAAGAUUCUGGCCCAGCAGGGGGCAGUGUUUGACUGUAUGGAGCUUGUGUUGGAUGAACUCCAGGAAUCAGUCCAUUUGCUCAAUUCUUUCUUGGAAGAAACCUCACAGCACCUACAGCGGAUGUCCUCGCAACUCAGAUCCAAGUCCUUCAAGCCUAUAGAAGACUCGCCCAUCCGAAAACUUCUGAAGGUUUCUCAGAAAUAGCGUUUCCAGCCAGAGCCGUAUCCAUUGCAGGCAGAGCAAAGACAAGUUGGAAUACAUUUUAAUAGAGCAAGAAAUCAGUGUUUCAAGGAGAUUUCAUGCCGUCGGCAAAAUGGAAGGAGUGCAACUAUCACCUCCUAUCCAUCUUGGAAGUGCUCCGGUACCUGUCCCCCCCCCCUUGCAUAGAGUAAGGAGAUAAGACAACUGCCAAAGCUUUGUUACCUUCAGGUGAUUGUUCAUACAUUUUAUAAGACUUUUCUUCUAUUGGUUAUCUGCAACUUUUGCUGUUGCCAAGAAAGCCCACAGCUCUGCUACAAAUGCUUGUCCUACUCUAUUGGUUUCAUUAAAGGGCCACUUUACACAUUUCCCUGCUCACACUAUUAUAUGGAAUCUCUCCUCAAUCCUUGGACAUUGUUUCUGCUGCGGAUGUGUCUCUACAGUUACAUUAUUGGCUGAUUAAAACCAGACACCCUCAUCA